AUGUAUAUUGCGCUAUUUUGCAUACGACAAAUGUUGGAGGCGCAGGCGGGUGACGUUACGUAUGGCAUCUGUCACGUCGCUGGAUCGGGAUAUGAGGAAGCUGCGCAUGGACAGAUACACACCACAGCUGCGAAGGAGGCACGGAAUUGGAUAGAGGACGUCUUGGGCGAGCGCUUGCCGGUCGGGGACCUUCUGGAUGGGCUGAAAGAUGGGGUCAUAUUGUGCAGGCUUGUCAAUCUUGCCGUGCCUAAUCCUGGCAUCAAAUACAAAAAGUCUGCCAUGCCCUUCAUACAAAUGGAGAACAUCUCUCAUUUCCUGAGGGCCUGUGAGAUGGCACCCUUGAACAUGCCAGUCGAUCUUUACGAGUCGAAGGACCCCGCUCAGGUGCUGCAAUGCCUGCGUGCCUUUAGUCGUGUUGCCAAUUCGGUCAAUCCCUCCAAUUUCCCCAACACAAUAGGCCCCAGGCAUGGCGACCCGGGAGCCCUAAGUCCAACGACGACCGGUGGAGGUUUUACAAGCCCAGGUCUAAACUCGUCGGCAUCAAUUGAAGCGGCGAUGUGUGUUUACUAUUAUUCUCGCAACUACGUCGACGGCUAUGCGUUUCUGGAGAUGCUGAGAGCUACGCGCAAACGCGUCGGCGGCUUUCCGGAAGACAAGGUCAACGUGCUCUUUGGCAUGGUGAAUUUCGACAAGAAACUCGGUGGAGGCCGAUAUGGAGACGAGAGACUGUCUACAGUCGGGCAGCUCCCAGACGAGCUGAAGCCACCAAGAUCAAACGAUGCCGCGUCAAAGAGAUUGUUUUGGGAUACCUACUUUGACGCGACUCGCUAUCUCCUCACCAAAGAUGGUAGCCUUCAGGUCCUAGCGCUCAGACAAUUUGUCGAAAAGGGGAAAGAUCUUCAGUAGAACAGCUGGAUUCCGCGCUGGGAUCUUGCCGAGAAACACACUCUCAUUUGGCUACCCGUCCCAUACCAAGAAUCGGAGUGGAAUUUUUCAGCAUGCAC